AUGCUGAACUGGAAGCUUGCGUUAGCGCUUGGGUGUGCUCUGGCCAGUGCCGUGAGCGCCGGAACCGAUCCGGAGCGGGCCCGGGCCAGUUCGUACAUCUUCCGGAGUUUUGACGCGACGCCGAGUCACGUGGUGUAUCUGAGUCCGGCACGAUCGCGGUUGGUGUACGGUGGAAAGCACGAACCUAUUAGGGUGAAAGCCAACGUGGAGAGUGAGAGCAGUGAAGAAGACGGAAGUGAUGAACGCGAUGCGCCAAAGGUGUUGCAAGUGAAGCACUCGGAAGAGUCUGGGGAAUCUUAUGAGGAUCAACGUCACUCGAAGAAAGGUGAACACGAUCGGAAGGGGUAUAAUCGGAAGCAUGCACUGAAGAAGGGAAGUCAAGGAAGUUACGGUAAGGAGGAUCAGUCUCACACGUAUGCUAACGAAGGGGAUCGCAAGAAGUCGUACCACGAUGAAGACUCGUACCACAAGGACCAUCACGACGAAGGUCAUCAGGUUCGAGGAGGAAAACAUGGUGAAAAGAAAUCUCACAAGAAAGGUUCCAAGACCACCGGGUACCACAACGUUUACCACAAGGAUGAGUUCAAGAAGGAGCACAUCUUUUACGACACGGCGGACCACACGGGAAACUUCAAGAAGUACGGAUCUUCACACAAGGAACACGCAGAAGAUGCUGGACAGUACUCCAAGGGAGGUCAUAAGGCGGAGGAACAUUCUGAGAAGAAACAGUCCAAAAAGGGUCAUUCGGAAGAUGGGAAGUACGACAGCGAUCACCACGAGUACAAGAAGCAACGAGGAGACAGCAAGCAGUAUCGGGAUCGGGAAGAGUUCUCCCUAAAGGAUGGCAUAUCUGGCAGUAAUGUGCACGGCUACAAAAUUUAUCAUCAGUGAUACGUGCA